AUAGAAAAUAGCCGAGAAGGGAGGGACAAAGAAGAUAACAAGAUGGCCACCAUGGUGGAGUCUCCUCCGCCGCAGUUAAUUACAACUAUAGAGUGGAGCAUGAUGGAUAAGACGAAAUUCUUUCCCUUGUACACUUUAAGCAGUUUCACAGUACGAUGCGCAUUAUAUCCUCUAACGUUAGUUAAGACUCAAAUUCAAGUGCAGCGUAAGAAAGAGGCCUACAAGGGUGUUACGGACGCUAUCUCAAAAAUAUACCGACAUGAGGGUUUUUCGGGCCUCUACAGAGGCUUUUGGCUCUCGAGUUUUCAGAUAAUAUCAGGCGUUUUCUACAUUACCACAUAUGAAGGCGUUCGGCAUGAACUUGGCAGAUACGAUAUUACUCCUAAUAUGAAGUCUUUUAUAGGAGGAGGUUGUGCGUCUAUAGUUGGCCAAAGCAUAAUAGUGCCGUUCGAUGUUCUCAGUCAGCAUCUCAUGGUGCUAGGGCUUGUCAAAGGGCGAGCUUCCGCCGGUAGCUCGAACAACACAAGAAUAAAUCCCUUGGGGUUAGAUUUAAAUAAGCGUAUGUCAAAGGCGGCGUUAGCAAAGGAAGUUGCUGUCAAAGUUUACCAGCUUCAUGGACCACUAGGUUAUUAUAAGGGAUAUGCCGCAUCUCUAGCUGCGUAUGUUCCUAAUUCUGCGUUGUGGUGGGCGUUGUAUACCGCUUACCAAGAUGAACUGCUGAAAAUAAGCCCGCAGUGGGUCUCCCACCUGUUGAUCCAGUGCGUGGCAGGCACCCUGGGUGGCUUCACCACCACCAUCCUCACCAACCCGCUCGACAUCGUGCGGGCGCGAUUGCAGGUGGAAGGAAUAUCAACAAUGCGAAAAGUGUUCAAAGAUCUCUGGGCCGAAGAAGGCCUGUUCGGCCUGUACGCGAAAGGCCUUUCGGCACGGCUCGUGCAAUCGGCCUGCUUCUCAUUUAGCAUCAUCUUAGGUUACGAGAGCAUUAAGCGGGUUUCGGUCAGCGAAGAAUACAGGCCAAGAGUGCGUUGGUGAAUAAAAUGAUCG